GAUACGUCAUCGCUUGUGGUGAUUGUGUGAUUGCGGACGGUUUUAAUACAUAUAUAUUUUUUCUAUCGUUUAGUGAAUAUUGCUGGAAGAUUAUUGAAAUUCCAAUCCGGCCUUGAAGCAACCGUACAAUGAUCAUGACUUUCCCGUGGUGCUAUGUCUUUAUCACAGGAUUAUUGCUGUUCGAAACGUCCAAGGGAGAAUGGAACACGAGAGAUUACCUCAAGCGAGAACAUUCCUUAAUCCAGCCGUAUCAAGCUACCGGAAUGACGAUACCUUAUUGGGAUUUUGGCGGUGUGACAAUAGUGACAAAUAAUUAUAUCCGCCUAACACCAGAUGUCCAAAGUACCCAAGGAUCGCUAUGGAAUUCAGUACCAUGCUAUGUCAGGAAUUGGGAACUUCAAGUACAAUUCAAAGUUCACGGAAAAGGGAAGGAAUUAUUCGGUGACGGACUUGCCAUCUGGUAUGCCAAAGACAGAAUGGAAGGUGGCCCAGUUUUUGGUAACAAAGACUUUUUUCAAGGGCUUGCCAUAAUUUUGGACACUUACAGCAACCAUAACGGUCCACAUAAUCAUCAACAUCCCUACAUCUCAGCGAUGAUAAAUAAUGGGACUUUGCACUAUGACCAUGACCGUGAUGGAACGCAUACGCAGUUGGAAGGCUGCGAGGCUAAAUUUAGAAACUUUGAUCAUGACACUCAUAUAGCUAUAAGAUAUGAAAAGGAUACCUUGUCAGUAUCUACUGAUCUCUCGAACAAGGCGGCUUGGAAGGAAUGCUUUUCCGUCCCUGGCAUAAAGCUUCCCACAGGUUACUACUUCGGAGUUACAGCAACCACUGGUGACCUUUCCGAUAAUCAUGACGUAAUAUCAGUCAGACUCUACGAGCUUGACCUGCCCGACGAUGUUAAAGAUGAAGAAGACAGAUCUCAAAUUCUGCCUUCAGCAACGCAUUUCGAAUCUCCAAGAGAACAUGUAGAGGACCCUAAGCCAUCAGCUUUGAGUGGUGUCAAAACUUUCUUCUUGAUGCUCGUAGUCGCAAUUGUUUUGAUCGCAGCGCUAGUACUGGGAAUUAUGUAUUACCAGAAGCAUCAAGAAAACAGUAGAAAACGUUUCUAUUAAGCGAUACGUCUGACAGUGCGUGCGGAAUGAUGCAACUUUGUACUGUGAGAAGCAUUCAGUUGGAUAAAAUAAAUCACGUGGUUACAGUGCUGUUGAAUAAAUAUUUUAAAUAUUGCGAGAUCAAGAGAAUUUAAAACAAGUUGUAAAGAAGUAAAUUAUUACAUGAACUGGUGUUCAAUCUAUGUGCAGAUAAAAUAAUUUUUAUUUAUCCAACUGCUAGUCACAGUCAGAUCUCUCAUAAAGUAACGGGUCAACCAUGUCUUCUUGCAGUUCAUAGUAAUACAGAGGUAAACAGACAUUUGCAUGUGUUUCACAUUCUCAUAUCUAAAUGCGUCUACCAAAAAAAAAGAAAGAAAAAAAAAACAGGAAAUAAAACCUGGAAGAAACGGAGAAAAAAAGGAGGGGAGAAAAACGAGAAAUUCGCGUAUUAGUUAUAUAAGUUCAUAACCGAAUCUAACAAUACCUGUUCUAAUUGGGAGACUUAUAAUCAUAGCCAUUGCGUGAAUCAAAAUCUAUUAAACAAGUGUACAUUUUGAACGCUGAGAAAAAUUGUUAUUUCUACUCUCCAAUGAUUGAAACGUAAAGUAAAGUCGCGAAGAUACGAGUUAAAAGGCUGCUGAUGUUCUUAUCGAUUGUAAAAAUACAAUAAUAUUGAUAAUAAUAAGAAAGUAAUAAAUAUUUUGUCACUAAUAUUAUUUUAUCUCCAAGACGGAUCAGAGAGCAUAAAUUCUGUGAAAAUGAUUCUUAGUGAUAGACAAUUUCUUUUUUACCGUAUAUACUUUGAAUAACGAUUGUUGUUUUCCCAUAGUUAAAUAUCAUAAUAUUGCACUCGAGUUUUAAGCUAGUUAAACGUCACCCGAUGGGCAGCUAGACAGAGUGAAACAAUUGAAAGUUUAAAAUCUAUCAUACAAUGAAUAUUGUUUCAGUCUCAUUAUGUUCCCAACACGCCAUCGCGUCGUUUGAUUUUAUCGAUUCAUUUUUAAACACGAAAUGAGUGCAUACAGCUGUAAUAGCAAAGGCAAUAUGCUGUCGGACGAAUGAGAAUGACUUUCGUAUGGAAAAAUAUUACCUUCUUUAACAUCCGCGUUGUUAUCUUAUUAUAUGAGGGUUGUAAGAAUGUGUGUACGUUGAAUUUAGCGCGAAUCGCGGUGAUAAGACUACUUUUUGCUAUACGUAUAGGUAUAUUAAUCGCGACUGUAAAUGAAAAAAAAUUUACAUAUAUGUCAGAGAUAUAUGAAAUAAAUUAGUGCAUUGCGUGAAUCUGAGGGAACAAAUUUCUCUGAAUGUUUAUUUAAAUGAAUAUGGAAGUAAUUGUGUUGUGUUUAUGGAGUCUUCCAGCUCAAUAGAACCAGUCUCAGACCAUUACCUCUGAUAUUAAUACAUCCUUUUUUCAUAAUUAUUCCAAAUUGUUGCAUUGUAUUUGUGAUAAAGAAAGUAGGAUAUACCUGUUAAUUUAUUAUCAAUAGUUGCUCAUAAAAAUGUUGUCAUUUGUAGCUUAGAAAUAUAAAGUUGUGAGAUUCUUGGAUAAUAAUUAUCUUUUUAUAAGGUAAGCAUUGUCAGUGGCUGGUUAAGUUUGACCGGAAUACCUAGUAUAUGUAUAGUAUGUCUUUCUAAUGAUCGGUAUCAACGAUUAAUCACGGAUGGAAUUGGCGAAAGCAAGUAACUCAAUUUUAUGAAAUUAAGAAUUUAUUAGUCAAUAGGAUUGGGAGAAAGAUUUUAACUGAAAAC